GGGGGGAAGCGGGUGCCAGGCAGGAGCAGCGGCGGCUGCGGAGCGGGGGAGACCAUGAAGCACUACGAGGUGGAGAUCCUGGACGCCAAGACGCGGGAGAAGCUGUGUUUUUUGGAUAAGGUGGAGCCCAAUGCCACCGUCGCUGAGAUCAAGAAUCUCUUCAACAAGUCCCACCCCCAGUGGUACCCGGCCAGACAGUCGCUGCGCCUGGACCCCAAGGGGAAGUCCUUGAAGGACGAGGACGUGCUGCAGAACCUGCCCGUGGGCACCACGGCCACCUUCUACUUCCGCGACCUGGGUGCGCAGAUCAGCUGGGUGACGGUCUUCCUCACUGAGUACGCCGGCCCCCUCCUCAUCUACCUGCUCUUCUACUUCCGCGUGCCCUUCAUCUACGGCCCCCGCUACGACUUCACCUCCAGCAAGCACUCGGUUGUGCACCUGGCCUGCGUGUGCCACUCGUUCCACUACGUGAAGCGCCUGCUGGAGACCCUCUUCGUGCACCGCUUCUCGCACGGCACCAUGCCGCUGCGCAACAUCUUCAAGAACUGUACCUACUACUGGGGCUUUGCUGCGUGGAUGGCCUACUACAUCAACCACCCGCUGUACACACCACCCGCUUACGGCGAGGAGCAGGUGAAGCUGGCGCUCGGCGUGUUCCUGUUCUGCCAGCUGGGAAACUUCUCCAUCCACGUGGCCCUGCGCAACCUGCGCCCCGCUGGCUCCAAGACCCGCAAGAUCCCCUACCCGACCCGCAACCCCUUCACGUGGCUCUUCCUGCUCGUCUCCUGCCCCAACUACACCUACGAGGUGGGGUCCUGGAUUGGCUUCACCAUCAUGACGCAGUGUUUGCCCGUGGCCCUCUUCUCGCUGGUGGGCUUCGUGCAGAUGACCAUCUGGGCCAAGGGCAAACACCGCAGCUACCUGAAGGAGUUCCGGGACUACCCGCCGCUGCGCUCGCCCAUCGUGCCCUUCCUGCUGUGAGCCGCGCCGGGGGGACGCGGGGGGACGCGGGCGGGGACCCCGCGGGGACCUCCCGGCCCCCCGGCCGCGCGCCCGCCCGCCGGCCCCACCGCCGCGCGCGCGCACCCACCGGCCCCGUCCUGCUCUCAAGGUGCCGGGAGACGGAAGGAGGGGGGGAACGUGGGGACGCGGCAUGGGGAUGCGGCGUGGGGACACCGCGUGGGGACACCGCGUGGCAGCCCCGAUGGCACCGUGGGCACAGCGUGGGGAGGGGGGGGGGGACGGACACACACCGCUACGGGGAGCGACACCGCGUCACCCGCGCGCGGGGGGGUCUGUCAGCGCGGCCACGCAAUAAACGGCGUCACCCGCA